AGUGAAAGUCAUAAAGCAAACAAGCAGUUAAGCAAAAAGUCAUAAAAGUGAAGAAUAAGAGGAAAGUGGUCGACAAUGGCUACUUCAAGUCUGUAGUAAAAGGCUACUCAUUCUCUGUUUUGCUGAGAAGAAAGAAAAUGCUUCUCAUUCUCAACUCUCAGUCUCAAGUGAAAUACAGAGUGGAGAAAAACCAUCUUUAUAUUAUUUAAUUUAUUUCUCUCGUUUGUGAUCCUCCCUAUUUAGUAUUUCUUUAUCACCUUCAAUUGCAUACUCCUCUUGUAAGCUAUCGAAGUGAACAAUUCUUCUCAAGAAAAUAUUCGAGUUUAAUUUUCAAGUUCCUACAUCUAUCUUCAAUUUGAAUAUCAGAUGGUGUAAAUCUUGGGUAUCAAUUUCGAGUAGUGGACUCAGGACUGGAGGGGAAUCUUCCAUCCAAACCCCUUCAUCUGCCAGAUUUCUGGCAAACUUAGCCAGCGAGUGAGCUGUAGAGUUUCCAGUCCGGCUGAUUAAUACAAGACACAGAGCUGACCCUGAAAUUAAGCUGUUGGAUCUCGUACCAGGUCUCUCGUGUGGCGAGCAACAAGUCAAAGCAUGGUCCUCUAUUUCUCUUCCUUCCACUCACCUCUAUUCUCCAAGUUCCAACUUAUAUGAUAGGAAGAAGGGGAGCCUAACAAUUCAGCAACAGAGCUAGGAGCGAGUUUGAAAGCGAAAAUGGACUCGGCUAUAGUAGAACUCUUGAUUGACAAUAUCAUUUCAGCUCUCGCAACUAAAGCGUCGCUGUUGUGGGGGGUCCGUGAUGCAAUUGCAGAUAUCAAGCAUGAGUUGACAAGCAUGCGGUCUUUAUUAAUAGAUGCAGAUAAAAGGGGAGCAAGCAGUGCCGGAGAGGAAACUUGGGUGACAAAUGUGAGGAACACAGCAUAUGAUGUUGAAGAUGUUAUUGAUAUGUUCAUGUAUCACAUCAAUAGCCAACAAAUUGGGGGUCGAUUUGCUUGGUUCCUUCACCAUACAAUUUACAUUCCACAGACUCUUUGGGUGAGGCAUAAAAUAGCUUGCAAGUUACAGAAUAUCAAUAAGACAAUCAAGACCACUUCAGAGUUAAAUCAGAAAUAUCAUGUUGAUCCUAUAGAGGGGAAAAGUUCAGAAGAUUUUCACAAAUGGGUUGUGCGGCAUGCUGAAUCAUCUUUGUUUGUCGAAGAAGAUGAACUUGUAGGGAUCAAAGAUAAAAGAAAACAAUUAAUGAUGUGGUUGAUGGAUAGAGAACAACAACAGACUGUCAUUUCAAUCUUGGGGAUGGGAGGAUCUGGCAAGACCACACUAGUUGCCAACAUCUACAACAGUGACGCUGUAAAGAGACAUUUUGAUUGUUAUGCAUGGAUCACUGUCUCCCAAAAAUAUGAUGUAGAAGACUUAUUGAGGAGCAUGAUUAAGGAAUUCUAUGAGUCAAAGAAGGAAACAAAUCCAUCAGACUUGAGUUCCAUGAACUACAGACUGCUAGUAAAAAUGCUGGUGAGCUACUUAGAGAAGAAAUCAUAUCUACUUGUCCUAGAUGAUGUUUGGGACACAAAUGUCUUGGAUGAACUAAAAGUAUCACUUCGAGAUAGAUAUCCUGGGAGCAAAAUCAUGCUUACAACUCGUAAAGAUGAUGUAGCUCACCAUCCUUUUAUGGGUUUACCUCAUGUUCAUCGUAUUCAAUUGCUAGAACCAGAUGAGGCGUGGGAACUCUUUUGCAAGAAAGCAUUCUUAGGCAAUCCAAAUAGAAUCUGUCCACCAGAGCUUAAAUCUUUUGCUCAGGAACUUGUAAGAAAAUGUAAAGGCCUACCUCUUGCAAUUGCGGCUUUGGGCAGUCUUAUGUACUCCAAGAAUGAUACGUCUCAAUGGAAUCAAAUUAAUAGCAGCUUGAAUUGGAAUCUAAGUAACAAUCCUGAGCUAGAAGCAGUGAAGAGCAUUUUGUUGCUAGUUUCAACGAUUUACCAUAUCAAUUGAAGCAUUGUUUCUUAUAUUGCUCUCUUUUCCCAGAAGAUCAUGA